AUGGCCUUUAAGAUCGUUAUCUUCUCCUGCUUCGUGGCUCUGACCCGAGCUAGCCCGUCGGCGGUGGCCGCUCCUCUAGUUGCCGCGGCGCCGGUGGUCGCCGGGCCAGCGUUGGCGAAGCUCGAGGAAUUCGACCCGGCACCCCAGUACCGAUUCGGGUACGACGUGGCGGACGCCCUCACCGGCGACUACAAGAGCCAGACGGAGCAGCGCGACGGUGACUUGGUCCGCGGUUCCUACUCGCUCGUCGAUCCCGAUGGCACCCGCCGCACCGUCGACUACUCCGCCGACUCCGUGAACGGGUUCAACGCGGUUGUUCGCAAGGAGCCUCUAGUCGCCGCGGCGCCCGCCGUUGUGGCCGAGCCCGCUGUCGUGCCGGCCAGGAUUGCUGCAGCCCCCGUAGCGGCCGCGCCUGUGGUGGCUGCCAAAUACGCCGCCGCCCCAGUGGCGCCUGUGGCCGCACCCCUCACCUACGCAGCGUACACCGCUCCAGCCGCCAGACUGGCUGCGUACACCUCUGCGGUGCCUUUUGCCUACCCAGCCCCAGUGGCUCGCGUAGCCGCUCCGCUUUACUCGCCUGUAGCCCGUCUGACAGCACCCUAUGCCGCCGCCUCCCUUGUUGCUGUU